AGGUCGAUUCCGCCCGACUCUAACAUGGCGGCGCCCUUUGUCUGCUCUGAAGUGCCGUCCCCGGCCUUCUCGCGGCCGUGAUGCACCUCCCUCUGCGGUGGGGUCCGGGACAUGGCAGGUAAUGAGCUGGAGGAGGGGAGCCAACCUGGAGUUUACACAGACAGACUGUCAAAAAAGAGUAGUCUGGGCUGUUUGGAAAUCUGAGCCAUGGAUUUCCCCCAGCACAGCCAGCAUGUCCUGGAGCAGCUGAACCAGCAGCGGCAGCUGGGGCUCUUGUGCGACUGCACCUUCGUGGUGGACGGGGUUGACUUUAAGGCCCAUAAAGCGGUGCUGGCCGCCUGCAGCGAGUACUUCAAGAUGCUCUUUGUGGACCAGAAGGAUGUGGUGCACCUGGACAUCAGUAACGCGGCAGGCCUGGGCCAGGUGCUGGAGUUCAUGUACACGGCCAAGCUGAGCCUGAGCCCUGAGAACGUGGACGAUGUGCUGGCUGUGGCCAGCUUCCUCCAGAUGCAGGACAUCAUCACGGCCUGCCAUGCCCUCAAAUCAGUUGCCGAGCCCGCUGCCAGCCCAAGGGAAAACAUGGAGGCUACAGCCAUGGAAGGAGGGGACAAGAGAGCCAAGGAGGAGAAGGCUGCUGCCACCACGCUGAGCAGGCUGGACCAAGCGGGAAGCAGUCCAUUGGCAGGCCCAGGCAGGGAGCCCAAGGAGGAGCGAGGCGGCCAGGCUGAGAGCGCAGCCAGCGGGGCAGAGCAGACGGAGAAGGCUGAUGCCCCCCGGGAGCCACCGCCUGUGGAGCUCAAGCCAGACCCCACCAGCGGCAUGGCUGCUGCCGAGGCUGAGGCCACCUUGUCGGAGAGCUCGGAGCAAGAGAUGGAGGUGGAGCCAGCGAGGAAAGGGGAAGAUGAGCAAGAGGUGGACAGCGCUGGGCCAGCUUCAGUCAAGGAGGAGGGAUCCCAGCUGGAGAACGGCGAGGACAAUGAGGAGUCGGCGGGCACAGACUCGGGUCAGGAGCUCAGCAUGGAGGCCCGGAGCCUGCGCUCUGGCACCUGUGGUGACCGCACUGAGUCCAAGGCCUAUGGCUCUGUCAUCCACAAGUGUGAGGACUGUGGGAAGGAGUUUACGCACACGGGGAACUUCAAGCGGCACAUCCGCAUCCACACAGGCGAGAAGCCCUUCUCGUGCCGGGAGUGCAGCAAGGCUUUCUCUGACCCGGCUGCCUGCAAGGCCCACGAGAAGACACACAGCCCACUGAAACCGUACGGUUGUGAGGAGUGCGGCAAGAGCUACCGGCUCAUCAGCCUGCUGAACCUGCAUAAGAAGCGGCACUCGGGCGAGGCACGCUACCGCUGCGAGGACUGUGGCAAGCUCUUUACCACCUCUGGCAACCUCAAGCGGCACCAGCUGGUGCACAGCGGCGAGAAGCCCUACCAGUGCGACUACUGCGGCCGCUCCUUCUCUGACCCCACCUCCAAGAUGCGCCACCUGGAGACCCAUGACACUGACAAGGAGCACAAGUGUCCGCAUUGCGACAAGAAGUUCAACCAGGUGGGGAAUCUGAAGGCCCACCUGAAGAUCCACAUCGCGGACGGGCCCCUCAAGUGCCGAGAGUGUGGGAAGCAGUUCACCACCUCAGGUAGGGCCGGGGCUGCCUGGCUGCCCGCACCCCUCCCUCGGCCCUCGGGGUGCGCCAUGCUGGGCCUCCCUUGGUCUCACACAGGAAACCUCAAGCGGCACCUUCGGAUCCACAGCGGGGAGAAGCCCUACGUGUGCAUCCACUGCCAGCGGCAGUUUGCGGACCCUGGCGCGCUGCAGCGGCACGUCCGGAUCCACACGGGCGAGAAGCCGUGCCAAUGUGUGAUGUGUGGCAAGGCCUUCACCCAGGCCAGCUCCCUCAUCGCCCACGUGCGCCAGCACACUGGCGAGAAGCCCUACGUCUGUGAGCGCUGCGGCAAGAGAUUCGUCCAGUCCAGCCAGCUGGCCAAUCACAUUCGCCACCACGACAAUAUCCGCCCCCACAAGUGCAGCGUGUGCAGCAAGGCCUUCGUCAACGUGGGGGACCUGUCCAAGCACAUCAUCAUCCACACUGGAGAGAAGCCUUACCUUUGUGACAAGUGUGGUCGUGGCUUCAACCGGGUGGACAACCUGCGUUCCCACGUGAAGACCGUGCAUCAGGGCAAGGCAGGCAUCAAAAUCCUGGAGCCAGAGGAGGGUGGAGAGGUCAGCGUGGUCACAGUUGAUGACAUGGUCACGCUGGCCACUGAGGCACUGGCAGCAACAGCCGUCACUCAGCUCACAGUGGUACCAGUGGGGGCUGCAGUGACAGCUGAUGAGACAGAAGCACUUAAAGCCGAGAUCACCAAAGCUGUAAAGCAAGUACAGGAAGCAGACCCCAACACCCAGAUUCUCUACGCCUGUGACUCCUGUGGGGAGAAGUUCCUGGAUGCUAACAGCCUGGCCCAGCACGUGCGGAUCCACACAGCCCAGGCCCUGGUCAUGUUCCAGGCGGACACGGACUUCUACCAGCAGUAUGGACCAGGCGGCACGUGGCCGGCCGGGCAGGUGCUACAGGCUGGGGAGCUGCUGUUCCGCCCUCGGGAUGGGGCUGAGGGCCCGCCUGCUCUGGCAGAGACCCCACCCACAGCCUCCGAAUGUCCGCCGGCCGAGUGAGCAGGUGCCCCUCCUCCUGACUGUUUAUUUAAAGACGGAUGGCACCCUAGAACUGAGAGGGGUGGCCCUGCUCCCUAGAGAAUAAAUUUGAUUAUUUUCUAAUGCUGCCUAGAGCUCCCUGUGGGGAUGGGGGGAGCUAGAGAGCUGGCAGCUAUGGCUGAUGCCAUGGAAGAGCUACCCAGCCAGCAGACCUGCUUCUUGGGAGAGCCAGUCUGUUCCUCCUGCAGACCUGUCUAGAACCAAGUUCGCUGCUUUGCUGAGUUUGGGUAUGGGCAGCACGUUAGGGGCCGGAGAGACCAAGGCACCACAUGCCCCACACCCCACACAGGCUCCUCUGUGGAGGUGUCUCACCUGUUCAGCUUUAGGACCCAACCUCCCCUCGCCCCCAUGGAGCACAGCUUUGACCCUGCCCCCGCUAGGCCCAGGGGGCUGGAAAGCUAGGGGAAGGGGCCGGCAGAGCCUUGCCAGACCCCAGGCAACCCGGGGAGAGCCCAGCCCAAGGCCACUUUUGCCAGGCUCAGCACAGGGCCUGUUCAGCCAGAGCAGCAAGGCAGACAGAGGAGAGCAAGGCCCAGCCGUCCCCUGCUCAGUCCUCUGGGCUUGGGGAGCCAGGAGGACUUCUCUGCACUCACUGCACCAGCAACCUGGCCUAAGGAUGAAGGCCAAGCCAGUGCCAGCUUUUGGGAGUAUUAUUUACUUGCCCUGAAUCAACGGAGUCUCUACAGCUAGGCUGUGGCCCCCAGAGAGCCAGCCAUGAGCAGCUAGGAGCUCUGAGGGGAGGCAAGGACCACAGCGCUGUUACUAGGAUCAGCCAGCAGGGGCCAGUGGAGCAGCUCCUUCGAGGGCUCAUUUCUGCUGUCAGCAGGAAGCUCCAUCUCUGCCCCGUUUUCCUACAGCUUGCCCCCAGCAGCUGUAACACCUCACUCAGAGAUACCAUCUUCUUGCACCAGAUAUGUGUCUAUUUGUAGGAGCCCCAUUUGAUACUGUGAG